AGAGCAGAGGAUUAUACCAAAACAGCGGUUUCUGCCAGAGAAGAGCCAAAGCAGAGGAGCAAUCAGGGGUUUUCCACAAGUAAUCUCUAUUUGUGCUCAGGGAGAGUCAUCCAGCGAGUUGAAGUUGCAUUACAAUGAGUGCAGGUUCCAGCAAACAAAAGCCAGGUCCCAGCAAACAAAAGCCACCAAGGGAGCCAGAUUUCACUGAGCGAUUCGAAGUUCAACCUAGAAACAACAACCAGUACCACCAAUUUAUCGCUAGGGUGCGCCAGCGAGUAGUCCCAAACCCUCCUGACCCUACUUCUACUCCUCACUAUACUCAUGGUCUUCCUGCGCUUCUACCUGAACAAACUAAUCGGAGCGAGAUUCGACUCUUCGAUUUGGUAUUAGGGGCAAAUGAUCAAGAUGGGAAUCAUCACACUGUCAGACUCCGAUUUAGAAGGGACAAUCUCUACCUAAUUGGUUACCAGAUGGAAAAUGGACAAUGGUUAGAGCUAGACAACGAAAAUCAUGAGCACUUAAUUACAGAUGCAGAAUGGUUACCCUUCGAUGGCAGCUACGGGGGAUUGGGAGCAGCUGCUGUUGAAAAGAAGAAAGCUGCUGAUGAAAAGAAGAAAGCUGCUGAUGAAAAGAAGAAAGCUGCUGAUGAAAAUACGCAAGAACACAUGGGUGUUGAAGACAUCGCCGUUGGCUCUGAAAGCCUAAGAAAUGCCGUAACUCAACUUGCUACAUCUGAAGCCGAUCACAUUAGGGCAAGAAGUUUAAUGGCUAUAAUUGUGAUGACUUCUGAAGCACUUAGGCUGAAUCACGUACAGCAAUUCGCGGAAGAGAAUUACGAGCGAGGAAGAACGAUUCGGCAGGGGAUGAAUGGAAGAGAUUCACGCUUCACACAACUUGAAGAUGAGAUUAAGGAUUGGAGUCACUUAUCAAAAACAUUGUUUUUCUUGGAUGCAUGCCCCUCUAAGCCAAACAGCAAUAAUGUCUACCAAAGCGGCGGCAAAGAGUCCACCUACCAAAGUGCACUGCAGAUAAUAAAUCAAUGGCGUGGUAUUCAAAUUAUCAUUGCAUUGUUGGGCAUUGUCAAGUAUUUUUGCUUCAAACCGCCGCCGUCAGAACCACGGCCACGCAAGCCCAGGGCGGCCGUGGAAGAUGGAGGUGAUGAUGGGCAGUGUAUUGUAAUUGGAUCAGAGCUUCUCGAGGUGUUCUCGAUACGUAUUGACAACAAUUACACAUAUGCACGCGAGAUCUAUGGAAUAAUCACAGCUACUGAUGCACUAAGGACCCAAAUAAUUUAUAACAGCUCAAAAGACAAUCCUGAGUACAUCAAUCCAGGCCCAAAUGAUGUUUUGCUUAGUGGACCAUCUGAAGAAGCCAUCUCGGCCCUUGGCGAGGUUACUAUCCAGUUUCUUCUCAAAGAAAAGGGCAGAAACGACGGCAAAGAAGUCAUCCUUCAACAAGGCUUGUACUGGAGUUCCUUCAAAUUUGGCAAUGUGUAUGACAAACCCACAUCCAAGGCAUUCAACAUAGAUGGGGGUCGCCUGAUCAUCAAAUAUGGCGUGUCUAGACAUGCAGCUGCUGCCAAAGUGAAUAUAUCCAAGUUUCAAGGAGGGGAAAACACAAGUGAAGUUUAUGGGAAGGUUUCGUGUUUAGCUGGUUGGAAUGGUGCUGAUGCCACAAGCAUCUUGUUUCAGAGAGAAAAAGGAGAUCGUGUCACAGUAAACCGUGGAGAACUCAUUCCAUUGUCGAGAUCCAUUGUAGUUGUACCAUUGAGCAGCUCCACUCUCAAAGUCACAGUGCAGGUAAAUCAUCACAACAUGAUAUUUCCUGAUGUUGAACUUGCUAAUGACACCAUCCAGCUUGAAACAAAGGAAUCAGGCUCAGAUCAGAGGGCCAUCCAAGAAAAGGAUCCUGCGUUCUUCACUCCAGAUGAUUCUGUGCUCUUAAUGGUUGUCGAUUGGGCAACUCCAAUUUAAUUAAGUGCGUAAGUAGGUGGUGGUGACGGCAUCAUGUGGGAAUAUCACUGAGUGAGUGAUAAGUGUCUAAUAAUAAUGCUAUUUAAUUAGUGUGCAAUAAACAUGUAAUCUUUUAAUUAAUGUGUUAUAUUAUCAUAUUAAGUGUGUGUGUGUGUGAUAAGAUUAUCUUGAUGUAAUAUGUAGUAUUUAAGUGUGUAAUAAAUAUUUUUAUUCUGCGUGAUGUUUGAUGUGGAAAUAUAUAUAUAAUUUUGUUAAUC